AUGAAAUUCAAAUUGUUUUUUUUGAUAUUCUAUGCUUAUUUUAAGCAGUACUUAGCUAAUUAAUGCGAUGAAAACUAAAUUUUUGAUUUAACUACUCAAUCAUGUAUCUAAUGCUCAAAUUAAUGUUAAAGCUGCUUUAAUAACGAUAAUGAAUCUUGUAUUAAAUGUGCACAAUAAUACAUUUUUAGUUCUACUAAUAGAUCAGUAUGUGUUUAGAAUUGCUUAAUUGGUGAGACACUUAAUGAUUAAAACUAAUGUAUAAAAUGUUAAGUACCAGGUUGUAUUAAAUGUUUGAGUAAUUAGGAGUGCACUUAAUGCGAUGCUAAUUUAACUUUAGAUUCUAUUAACAAUAAAUGUAUUGUUAAUAAGAAUAAUUGCUAAGAAAGGUCAGAUUUUGUUUAUUACCCAUACUCAGCCAACUAAUGCACCUAGAACUGUCCUACUUAAUACUAUUAAAAUAAAUAGACUUAGAUAUGUGAGUAAACUCAAUAAUGCUUAACGAUAAAUUAAAGAUCAGACUUUUCAUUCAAUAAAACUGUUUUAGAAAUUCAACCUUUGAGUUAAAAUUUGUAUUUAAUGAGAGCUAUGGAAUGCAAUUUUGCCAUCGUUGAUAUAAAUAUGAAUAUUAUUUCAAAAUUUAUACUAUAAGACAUACCCAAUUAUUCAAGCAUAUAUUUAAAAGGAGCUGGAACAGAGCCUAACACUUAAAGUUUUAUAUCUGGGUAUUAUGGAGGAUGUGCAGCUGGAAGUAGACUUUAAGUUAUGAAUUUUUAGACUCUAUAAAUAGAGUUUGAUUAAAGUGGUCUUUAAUAUGAUUAUUACAUUCAUUUAGUUGAUUCUAUAAAUUAAUUAGUCUUUCUUUACGCUGGCUCUUAUACAUCAAAUACUAAUGGUCUGAAAUCAUUAGUUUGGUACGAUAUUUUAAAUAAGUAAAUAAAUCAACUCAAUUUAAAUUCUAGCUAUACUAUGUAGGACUAUUAUGUUUAAUAUCCUAUUGCGAAGUAUUACUUACUACUAUAAUCUCAAAAAAUGCAAUCAACACUUACUCUUCAACAAAAUAGAACAUUUAUCCUUUCUAAUUACACCGAUGCUUAAUUUAAUUUGACCAAAAGUUUCACUAUUAUUUAAAAUACUCCUAUUUUUGCUAAUUUUACUUUAGCAUAUUAUUAAAACCCCAAAUAAGUGAUAAUAUAAAAACUAGUUAUUUUGCAAAACCAAACUUUGAAUAAUUAAACAAUACAAAUCUUGGAUAUAUCAGGAAAUUAUUACAAUUUUUUGUUUAGUUAAGUAACUAACUCAAUUGUUGUUUACAACUCAUCCUCUAAUAAUAUUUCAUUAAUGAUUUUAGAUCCCCAAAUAACAUAAGUGCAAUAGAUAAUUUUACUUACUUAAUAUUAAAUAGCAAACUUUUAUAUUUUUGAAGAAACAUCAUUAAAAAAAUCUAUUCUUUACAUAUCUAACUCAUAAAUGGAUUAUUUUAUUGAUAUUACUGGAUUUUUGAGUAACAAUAACUAAAAUAAUACAAAUUUAUAAAAUCUAAUGCAAUAAAUUGAUAAGACUUAUAAUUUGCAAUUCAUUUCCUCAUCUUAUCCAACUGUUUUUAUAAAAGAAAAUAAUAUAGUCUAAUUAUUUUACUUAAUUUAAAAUUAUGGUGUUUCAUACAUAUAACUAGUAAAUCUAUAAUAUAAUAUGACUGAUUUAAGUCUAAAAGAUCAAUUACUUGAUCCAUAUCAGUAUAAUAUAUUCUACUAUAACACGACUUAGACAUAUUCAAGCUUAGUGUUAUACUCAAGUAUGUUUACAACUUAAAAUUUAACUGAUAAAAACUCAUUUUAUCUCUAUAGUUCUAAGCAAAAUAUAAUAAAUCCAAUUUUAGGCGUACAAAAGAUAAGUUACUAUCUCCCAAAUUUAUAAAAAAACCCAAGAAAAGAUGGAAAUGUUAUAGAUAUAAACAACAUGGUUAUAAUCAAAAGCAAUUUAGAAGACAAUAAUUAUUUAGGAUAGACUUUAAUAGGAGAUAGCGAAAUUCACUAUUUUGAGUCACAAAAUGGAAUUUACUGGCACAAAAAUAUUUUUAAUAGGCCUUUGAGAGUUUUAAAUUUAACAUAGAAUUAUAUAAUUUAGGUUAAUAUGUUACAAGAAAAUUAAAAUAACUUGCUUAUGUAUGAUAAUUAGGCUAAACUUUUAUUAUUUUAUGAUAUUUCUUAACAUUUCUCAAAGAUUAUAGUAGCUUAAAUACAAGGAGGAAGUUUAUUCAGUAUCAAUAUUAAGCUAAAAUCCAAGACAUAGAUCACUAUCAACAGUUCAUAUACUUUUGGAUAUUAACUUUAGUGUGAAAACAAUCUGGUUAUUAUCUCCUAUCCUACUCUAUAGCUAUAUUAUUUUAAUGGAAAGCCAUUCUAAUUUUAAUUUUAAAAAAUAAAUAUUGCUUAAGUUACAUAAAACACAUAGCACAGCUAUGCCUUGGUUGAUAUUAAAAAUGAGUUAAUUGUUUAUUUUUAUGAUGUUAACUACUAACUUUUUAUCCGUGAAAAUUUUGUUUUGAAUAGCUACAUUAUGGACUAUGUUAUUGAUGAAACAAAUUUUUUUUAUGAUGUAGAUUUAGAUAUUUUGAUUUCAACAACUGGAAGUUUAUAAUAAAUAAGUUAUAAAUCUGUUAUAUAAAAUGGUAAUUUGAAUAAUUAUAAAACAGCAAGCUCAUUUGCUAAAGGAUCUACUUAUUUCUAUAAGAAAUAAGCAACAGUUAUAGUAGUUGACAAAACUCCAAUUAUGUAUUUAUGUAAUUACCAAUCUUAGGAAGUAAAUAAGUUUGAUUUUGAAUUUAAUGACACAUAAGGAAUUCUUAUGGAUGAGAACAAAAAUAUGAUAUUUAUAUACACAAGUUAUUUUAUUGUUAUCAUAUAAUAUCCAUAAAUGUAGUUUAUUGAAACCUUUACUUUGCAAGCUUAUGACUCAAGUUCUAUCAUAAAUGUCUAUUUAAAUGAGUAAUUCCACAUAUUAACUGUCUAUUCAAAGAAUACAAUAACUUGUUUUGAUUUAAUUGAAGUCCUAUAUACAACAGAGAUCAACUUAAUGAAAUAUCAAGAUACUUAAAAUAUAAUCUUAACAAACGAAUACUAAGUAUACUAUAGUUUAGUUAACUUUUCUUUGAAUCUUUUUAAGGGUUCAACUCUUAUUGAUACUUUACUAUUCAAGCCCUCUACUUAUAAUAUUUUCCCUUAUUUCACACAACCUCUUUUAGUUUCGCCUACUUCCUUUCUUUACAUAGUCUUUGAUAUGCUCUUUGUUAUAAAUGUCGAUUUAUAAAUCUAUAAGCUUUAAAUAGCUUAAUAAAUUAAUUUAUAAAAUGUUCCUGAUAAUUAUUUCCUUGACUCACCAAGAAAAUAAAUUUUAUUAUUAUAUAAAUAAAACUUUUAACUAAGCUCUGUUGAUUUAACUUAAAAUAACCUAAAAGAAGUAAAUCUUACAAGCUUAACAUAAAUAGAUAUAUCAUAAGCUUUUAUAAUUAGUAAGUAUAUUGUGCUACCUACUAUUAACUAAUUAACAAUUUAUAGUAUAGAAAAUAACAAAUAAAGUUAAAUAUUAUUGAGUCCUGAGUAGGUUAUUCAAUUUUCAUUUAAAAUACAAUAAAAAUAAAUUGAGAAUUAUAAAAGUAAUUUGUGGAAUAUCCCUUUUGAUUUCGAAGAGAGAAUUAAUUUAAAUGAUUAGACUUUAUAAGGUUAAUCUUCAACAUUAAUUUUUAUUGUUUCUAAAUUAAAUUCAAACUCACUUUUACAGAUUUUUGAUUUAGUUUCUUAACAAAUUAUAUAAAGUAUACAAUUUAAUAAUAUAGAUAUUAUGAAUGUUAUAAGUGAUCCUUUUAGAUAACUUGUAUACGCAGUCACUAACGAAGGAUAAACUUAUGUAUACAAUAUGUCUUUAUAACUAAUUUCAAUUUUAUAAAAUGCAUGCUUAAAAUAAGCUCGAAUCACUUUUGACUAAAAUUUCAUCUACUCAGUAUGUCCAAUGGAUAUAAUAAUAUACAAUAGCUUGAGCUUUUAGUAAUAAUUUCCAGCAAUAAACUAUGGAUUAGUAGAAGCAAAUAAUAUAAUAAAUAUAAAUUUUAAUUAUCACUUUUUAAUAAUUUAAAAAAGUUAGAUAAUGUUAGUAAAACUGAGUACUACAAGUACAAAUUAUGAAAUAGUAUUUUAAAACAACUAAAACUUUCCUGUCCUAUAAACUCUUGAUCUCUUUUAGGGUAGUAAUGGUUCUGUAAUUCUCACUCUCUUAGUCACUUCAUAUUAAAAUAUUUAAAAAAUAAUUAUUCCACUUACUAAUGAUAAUAGUUUCUCAAUACAAAUUUAAUAACAGAAUCGCGCCUUAGAAUAUGUAUAUACCUAAUCUUAAAUCAAUCAAAUCUUAACCAGUUUGAAAAGCAGUUAAAAUAUACUUUCAGUAAUUGAAAUUAAUUAUUUAAAUGGUCAAUGUAUAUAAAAUAUUGAGUCAUAGAAUUUUCAAAAUCUAAAAAGUAGCACUUAAUAUGAGCUAACACUAAUCUCUAAAUCUAAUUAGCUUCAAAAUUUGAUUUGUUGGUAAGAUACUUAUAACAAUUUUCAAUACAUAAAAAAUUUCUAUGUUUAUUAAAUGACAUUAUCUUUAAACGAAGUAAGUCUAAACUAAAAUGGUAUGAUGAAAAACUUUUAAAUGUAGAAUGUUAAUCUUACAGUGAAUUAGAGUUUAAUUAUAGCAAAUUUAAAUAGCGUAUAUUUGUAAGAUAUAAUUAUAAAUUAAGGAGUAAAUGGAUAGCUAAACCAAAUAAGUAUUACUAACUGUACCUAAGUAUUGAUUGAUUCAAUUUUUAUGAACAGUUUAUAUGCCUCAUAAUAAUUUGCUUUUUACAUUAAAAAUGUUACAGAAGUUAUAAUAAGAAAUAUCUACAUAUAAAAUUCAUCCCAUAUUUAAGUUUUUUAUCUUUACCAAAUACUGAGCUUAGCUACUUAUAAUAUUUCAAUAAUAUAAUCAUAAAAUAUUAAUUUAAUUAAUACAACACUUACAAAUAAUAUAAGCGCAACAGGUUUUUACAUAAAUCAUGUAACAAACUCUUAUAUUCUUUAUGCUUAAGGAGUUGUAACAGUUAAAAUUUAAUAAGUUAAGAUUAAUUAGAGUUAAGAAAUAUUUAUGAUAUAGUAGGAACCUUUAGAAUUAAUAGGUAUAUCAUAUACUUGCUAAGUAUAUUCUCUUUCUUAUCUUGAAAUUUAAAAUUCUAGUGAUAUUUACUUUAAUUCUAUUUCAUCCAUUUCUAAUUACUAUAACUUGAAUUUAAAAUAAAUCAACUCUCUAAACAAUAUAUUCACAUUACAAUCAACUUUGAUACAAAUGGAAUAUAUCGAAAUGAAUAACAUUUUAUCUUAGAACAAUUCUUUUGUAUUUAGUAUAACAAACUUUUAAGAUUGUUUUAUACAAAAUCUAAGCUCACUUAAUUGCUCAACUUCAAUCAUUUUUCUUGGCUAAUAAAAAAGUGGAGGAUAAGUAGUAAUAUCAUAAUCAAGUUUAAAAGAUAAUUCUAUUGAUGGGUUUCAUGGUGACAAUUCAUUAAUAAAUUUAUAAGAUAUCCUCUAUUUUACAUUAAAAUAAACAAAAAUACUUAAAAAUAAAGUUAUAAAUAAUUAGCUUUCUUCGAUUUUGAAGAUAAGUUAAACUAAUAAUGUAAACAUAACUGAUUGUAAAUUUACUAAUAAUUUUAAUUAAAAUGGUCAAGGAGGGUCAGUGCUAGUUUCUAAUGCAAAUCAAAUUUACAUAUAGGACUCUAGCUUUCAAAAUAAUAUAUGCAAAUAGAAAAAUGGUGGUGCCAUAUAUUUUAUGAAUACAGUCAAUGUUGGAAAGCUAGAAAUUUCUAAUACCAAUUUUAUAUUUAAUCAAGCAGCCCUCUCUACAGGUGGAGCAAUAAGUCUUGAUUUUGUUAAUCUUAUAAUGCAUCAAACUUAAUUGUACUCAAAUAAAGCUUUAAUAGGAGGAGCAAUUUAUUAUUCUUAAGUUAUACCUGAUUUUGUUUUAGAAUAUUAGUAAGGAAUCAAUAACUCUAAUCAAAUUAAAAAUAAUUAUGCCAAAUUAUAUGGUAUGAAUAUAGGUUCCGUUUUAAGAUAAAUCAAAAUAGAUGCAUCAAAUAUUUCUUUGAAUAGAGGUAAAGUUUCAUAUAAUGGAUAAACAGUUUCUAUAAAUAAUGCAAAAAGUGGUGAAGAAAUUAUUUUUUCAAAAAUAUAACUUCUUGAUGAAGAGAAUCAUCCAAUAUAUGUACCUAUACCUACAGAGCAAAUUGAUUAUAGUAGCGAUGUAUAGUUAAUACUUAGGUAGCUUAGUGUUUCUAUUGAGUGUGAAUAGAAUAAAUAAAUACAAUGCUCAGGAUAGUUACAAUCAAAGCAAUACAUAAAUGGUGGUUAUAAUCUAAGAGUUUAGCCUAUGUAUAUGCCUUUUAAAAAUAUGGCUUUGCAGAUAAUGUCAAAUAAUUAAAAUUAAUUAAUUGAUUCAAAAGGAAAUAUAAUUAUUAGUGAUAAUUAACUAUAAUUAGAAGUAAAUAUAUAACUAGGUUAGUGCUCAGUAGGAGAAGUUUAUAAGUAAUUUAGUGAAUCAAUAAUAUGCGAUAUGUGCCCAGAAGGUAAAUACUCUUUGGAUUUAUCUGAGAAUUCUUGCAAGACUUGUCCUGAUUCUGCAAUCAAAUGUAUUGGGUCAAAUAUUUAUUUAAAAAAUGGAUAUUGGAGAUAAAGCAACUUAACUGAUGAAAUUAUAUAAUGCAGUUUUAAUUCUUAUUCAUGUCAACCUCAAGACCCUCAUUCUAAGUUUCUAUGUGCUGAAGGAUACAUAGGUCCUUUGUGUUAUUAAUGUGAUACAUAUGGAGAAAUAUGGGGUAAAAGAUAUGCUGUCUUAUAUAGUGUAGGAAAUUGUUACAAAUGUGAAUAGAGUACAAAAUAAAUAAUAAUCAAUAACCUCAUAAUCUUUUUAUUUAUUUUUUUCUACUUAUUUUUCAUCAUCAAGAAUAUUUUAAAACAAUUUUACAUUAAGCUUGUUGGUCACUACUUAACUAGGUGUAAUAUACUCUUUUUAGGGACAACUUGUUUAUCUGACAGAUAAGAGGUCUUUUCAAAGAUUAUGACAGACCAUAUUUAAGUUAUUUGUUUGGUAGUAACUUUUCAGACAACUUUUCCUUUUCCUUUUUCGUUCCAAUUUCCUUUUUAAGUAACUGGAAACUCUAUGAGCGUUGUAAGUAAAUCAAUAGACUGCCUAUUUUCACAAUAUCCUAAUUUAAAACCUCUUUGGUUUUAUCAAAUUUUAUGGUCAUUUAUAUUACCUUUCAAUAUCAUCUUUUUCCUUUUUUUUUUCGGUAUCUUAACCAAAAAUUAAAAUUAAUUCUUAAAGUACAAAAAAACUGUUAUUAUUUUUAUAUACUUAUAUUUUUUCCCUAUGGCUAUUACUUUACUAACUAGGUCUUUAAACUGCUUAGAUGUAGGGUAAAAAAGUUAUUUUGAUUUAGAUUUUACUAUUUAGUGCUUUGAUGAAAAUUUGCAUAAGCCUUACGUGCUAUACUUUAGUCUACCUGCGCUAAUAAUAUGGGUGAUAAUUAUUCCAGUGAUCCUUUACAUAAAAAUAUUAAGAGAAAAAAAUUCUAAAAGAUCUAUUUUAUUCUAGAUAGAAUACUCUUUUAUAUCUGUCGGGUAUAAAGAGAAAUAUUAUUAUUGGGAGUUCUUAAAACUACUUUACAAAGCUUUAUUGAUUUUAUUAUCUAUUUUGUUAAAGCAAAAUGUCUAAUUAAAAGUGUGCAUGAUGAAUUUAGUAAUUUUGAUCAACUUUUAUGUAGUAUUCAAAGUAAAGCCCUUCAAAAAAUAGUAUUUUAACAACUUGGUAUAAUAGUCUACUCUUAUUAGUGCUCUCUCUUUAUAUUUUUCAUCAUUAUCUCCUGAUGUUUUGUAUGAAAAUGUAGUCUUGCAAGCUUUAUUUGUGAUUUUUGUAGCUACUUUAAAUAUUUUGUUUAUUAUUAAAUUGGUGUGUGGAUUAAUUAGAUUAAAUAUUCCAGCAGAAAAAUUAGAUAGAAAUUGCUUAUAAGAGAUGUUUUAUACUCUAAAACUAAAAUAUCCUUUACUUCUAGAAAACAUAAAGAUUGAUAGUAAACAGAGAAUUAGAGCUUUGAUUAAGUUAAAAUCUGUUUAGAAGAAAUUUAGGUAGUUUUUAAAGUACUUAAAGAAUAAUAACUUGUACGAGUAAGAAAAUUUCAAGUCAUUAUUUUGCUCUUAAUAGCAGUCACCUUAAAAUAAAUAAUUAUUUGCUUUAUAAUCUCCAACUUUAUAAUCUCCAACUUUAAGCAAUUAAAUAUUUACUACUUCCAAUUAAAGUAUUGACACUGAAUUGAGAGGUCUGAAUACUAAAUUAGAUAAUUCAAGCAAAAAUUUAAGAAGCAAAUGGGCAAAAUAUUCUAAAUUAUCAAAGCAAAGUUCGUUAAAAAGCCGAGGUGAGAAUUUCUAGCUAGCAUUAGUCAAUACAAAAGUUCAUAAAAAAUUUAGUAGAUAAGCAACAGCUAGUGAUAAUGAAAGCUAGUCUAUAUUUGCACAUGUGUUUGAUAAUUAAUCUUCAUAAAUGUAAGAGAGUUUAGUUUAAAACAUUAAUUUUACUAAUGUUGUAGAACAAGUAUAAAAAUAAAAUGAAGUUGAAUCAAAUAAUGAUAACAAUCAUGAAUUACACAAUAUUGACCAUAUUGAAUGAACAUUUCAUUAAUAUUAUUAAAUAAAUAAAUGAUGUUGAAUUUUAUAUUAAAACUAUUAUUUUUUAUUUAAAAGUAUAUCUAUAUAAUAUAUAAAUUUAGGAUUUUUGUGAUCUAUAAAUUAAUUUUU